AUGAGGAAGAGACGUGGCUCUGAUACCAUACAAAAUCUGGUGGAAGCGUAUGCAACCUGCAGGGACGCGCUGCGUGUUAUAAAGGGCUCAAAGGCCGAGGAGUUUACAGGAGAUACGAUCUGGAUGGAGAUGUGGAAGAAGGUGAACCCGCGAGUGCUGGGCUGGAUUUCCCUCAACGCAACGCUCGGAGUGCUGCUGGCGAUGGGGCUGUACUACUGCGGCCUGCGGGCCACCAGCGCCGCCUACGCCGUCAACUUCCUCUACCUCAUCCCCAUCGCUACCUUCAUCAUCGCCGUUGCGCUCCGAGCCGAGCGCCUCUCCCUCGUCGCUUGGGCCAGUAGGAUGAAGCUCCUCGGAGCUGUCGUGGGCGUGGCCGGCACCAUGGUCGUCACCCUCUGCAAGGGCACCCAUCUCCUGCUGCCGCACCUCCGGCAGUCCUCCCACGCCAACCCCGACGUCGCCUCGCCCCACGGCGGCCGCGACAUGGCCGUCGGCACGCUGUUCCUGUACGGGAGCUGCGUCAGCUACGCGCUCUGGUUCGUCGUGCAGGCCAAGGUCACCAAGGUGUUCCCGUCCCGGUACUGGGCCACGGCGCUCACGUGCGCCGCGGGCAGCCUGCAGUCUGCCGUGGCCGCGGCCAUGGCGGUCGUCCUCGCCCCUGCCGGCGACGGACAUGGAUGGGCGCGCACGUGGACGCUGCGCUGGGACCUGCAGCUGGCCACGGUGGUCUACUCCGGGGUGUUCAACACAGGCGUCACGUUCGUGCUCGUGUCGUGGGCGGUGGAGCGCCGCGGCCCGGUGUACCCUCCCAUGUUCAACUCCCUGUCGCUCGUCGCCACCACCGCCGUCGACGCCGUCAUGCUCGGAACCGACGUCUACCUCGGCGGCGUGAUGGGAGCGGCGCUCGUCGUCGUCGGCCUCUAUGCGUUUCUGUGGGGCAAAAGCAAGGAGCUCGCGGCCGCCAAAGCGGUCAACGCCGAGCAGGAGCUGCGGUGUGCAGGAGACACCGACGAUGGCAUUGCCUAGCGAUUUUAUCCAGCUUGGGUACAGAUAUCGAUGGAAUUAAUUGAACUAUUGACCCGUAUAGGAAUCUGAGAUCAGGGGCGAAGCCAGGAUUUAGGCAUAGGGGGGGGCGAGACAACAAUGAAGGCGAAAAAUAUUUUGUCUCACAAACUACAUAAGAGUUUUAAUCCCGAUAUUACUUGCUGUCGGUGCAGGUCUAGCUAUAGCUUAUAGUAUUGAACAACUCCACAUGCACGCCAUGUAGAUGAAGUUGGUAAUCAUAUUAUUCUGAAAUACAGCAUAAAGUACGUUGGUACGGAACAUUAUCAUCAUAUGUAUGUUUACAAACAUGACCGAUCAUUGUCUAACUAAAUAGCAGGAUUUAGCUUGCAUUCAUAUAGUUUUGCAUGGAAAAUCAAUCGACAACGGACAUACUUAAGCAUCUAGAACCAAUAUGCGUUGUAUUUGAAAAAAAGUGACCAAGUUGCAAGAAUGCAUACCUAGCUAGAGUAUGGAAUUAAGGCCCAGCUCGUCCCAUCUGCUCGUCAUAACGGAUGAUCGUUGUUUCCGUAGACCACAGGCAUGUGGUAACCAUCGAUGGUCAACGUUGCUCGACGAAGCAUGAAAGGAUUCGCGCUUCCGAAAGAUAGUGUGCGCCUAUUCCCUAGCAUGGCGAUGAUGGCCGACGUCAACGCUUGAUUAAGCCCUAGCCUGUCGUGGGCGGCGGCGGCGGCGACAAGAGAUCAGUUGGAGCGUGGUUAGGUCAAACGACACAGAAUGGAAACGAACGGCUGUACGUGUAGAUGCCUGUAUUACAUAUGGUCUUCGAUCGAUCGCGUGAAUCACGUGAUUGGAUUGAUGCGUCUAAUUCACUCACGGGAACCAUUUGUUUUGGGCUUGG